AUGUGCCCCAAAGUCUUCCCCAAACAACCCCAGCUCCUCCGCCACCAACGCUUCGUCCACCGCCUGGAGCGGCGCCACCGCUGCCCCACCUGUGACAAGAUGUUCAAGAAGAAGUCCCACCUGAGGAACCACGCCCUGACCCACACUGGGGAACGACCCUACCCGUGCCCAGAUUGCCCCAAAGCCUUCAACUCCCAAGCCAACCUCCUCAGGCACCGCUUGACCCACACUGGGGAACGCCCUUACGAGUGCGACCGCUGCCACAAACGCUUCACUCAAUCCUCCUCCCUCCGCCAACACCUUCUCCUCCACACCCGUCGCUCUCCCUACUGUUGCCCUGAAUGUGGGAUCUGUUUCCCACGCCCUGCACGGCUCCUCCUCCACCGUUACCACCACACGGGGGAGUACCCGUACAAAUGCCAAGAGUGCGGGAGGACUUUCCUCCUCCGCCGCCUCCUGCAGGUGCAUCAGUUGGGCCACUCGGGGCGACAGCCUCACCUUUGUGGCACCUGCGGGGCCUCUUUUGUCACCUCCCACCAGCUGAGGCAGCACCGUUGUACCCCGGGGAGUGGGAAACGUUAUGAGUGCCCCACCUGUGGGAAGAAACUGGGCUCGGCCGCUCGGUUGAGGAGCCACGAGAGGAGCCACGACCCCCAGGGGAGCCAGGAAAGGGGGGUGGGGGGGCGCCCCCCCUGA